AUGGAAGCAGCCACUCUUGCCAUGUCUGAGGGAACGUCCCUGGCUCUGUUCAUCAUUGCACCAUUGCAUGCAGAACUGUUGGAGGAGAUGCGCUGUGUCCCCGAAGAUUCAACACUCAUCAAAGCGAUCAAGACAGCUGCAUACAACAACCUGAACUCCAGGUAUGCUUAAAAAAUGUGAGGUGUGUGCAUGCAUGCACAUUAAUAUCCUAUGAAAUAACAUGAUUAAAAAAUGUGAUAUCUUUUCAAAGCAUGUAGUCCUGAAGGACAGGCUCUAUGUUGCUUUAGCAUUAGACCCUCAUUUCAAGACUUUGCCUUUCUUGCAUGAUAAGGCCCUGGACCACACAUUCUCCCAACUGGUGACUGAAGCUGCUGGUGUCGAGCAGGCAGAGGCAUCUAAUGUACGUUAAAGACACACAAUAACUAAUUUCUUAGUUUUUGUACCUUACUGUAUUCAAUUCAAAUGUGAUUUGUCUUUAAUAUUUUAAUAUUAAGCAAUUGUAUUCCAAAUUGUGUACCAAGUGAUUUUCCAAAUAAUUUUAUUCCUGUUUUCAAACAGCAAACUUCUGCUUUUGGUGGAACAGAGGAAGCUGUGCCUGAUCCCAUUGAAGAUGUUACUCCACCAAAGGAGCCAAAGGAAUCCUCUGCGCUGGUGUCUCUCCUUGGGUCAACCUACAUGUUAAAAGAGAUGGUAACCCAGAAAACUGUACUUGAAAAGGCCCAGGAUGAAAUAAAAAAAUACAAGGAUCUAACACCCAUUCCACUCUCUGAGGAUCCUCUCAAAUGGUGGAGAGCACAUGCAAAGCAUUAUCCCCUAUUGGCCCACCAAGCAAAACGGUACCUUUGUGUACCUGGUACCAGUGUCCCGUCUGAGCGGGUUUUUUCCAACACUGGUGAUGUAGUCACAGCAAAAAGGAGCUGCCUUUCUCCUCAACAUGUUGAUCAGCUCCUUUUCAUGCAGAAAAAACUUACUCUCAGACAGGACUUGUGAUGGCCACAAGAGUGAUCCUGGAAGUCCAGCAAGACCUGUUGAGCCAAGGGCACAAAUUUGUUCUCACAAGUCGGUUUACACAGGACUGCCUGGAGAACACCUUUUCUUGUAUUCGUCAGAUGAACCCUGUCCCAACACCAGCAGAGUUCCACUAUGCACUGUGAGUUGUCACUGUUGGACAGUUCCUCUCCACAGUACCUACCAGCAGUUACCUGGAUGACGGAUCUGACAAUUUGGCAGACUUCCUGGACUCAAAGAGAAGCAGCUGCAGUCCUCCUCCAGUGGUGCGUCUGGAGCAGCUGGAUGACCCAGCAUCACCACCUGACUUCACAAAAACAAGGUCCUGUGUCCUCUACCACCUGGCAGGAGGUGCACCUGGAAAACAACCUAAAAAUGUCAACCUCAUGUCAGUUUGUGUUAAGGGAGUAGGAUAAUAAUUUACAUUUCAAUUUGCAGGUCAAGGAGAAGGUGGAUUUAUCCAGAUCUCAUCCACCAUCAGCAGACCCCUGUAG